AUGAAGCGCGAGUAUCUUCCACUCAAUUCAUUACCAACCUGGCUUAGGUUCUAUGGAAUCGCCACUUAUGGCAUUGCUGUUGAGGAGUUUGGGUUGGACGAACAUGGGGCAAAUAAGGGCAGCGGCAUUAUAGCCACGGAAAGCAAGCUCAGCAGCGACAGCGACUCUUCGCCAGAGAUCCUCCUCCAGGUGCCAUCAGACCUGGUUCUCUCACUGGAAGCUGUGCAUAACUAUGCCAAAUCCGAUCAGGAUCUUCGGGAGGUGUUGGAGGCGGUUGGAGAUUUUGCAAGGACAGCGCGAGGGGCCAUCCUGAUCUUCCUGCUUGUGCAAAUCACCCACAGCAGCCCGGAUCUCCGCUCGGAACAGUAUCCUCGGCAGGUGGGGGUGUCCAAUCCCUGGACCGAGUACAUCAAGUUCCUGCCGUCGUCCUUCCCUCUUCCUACCUGCUACACUGACGAGGAAUUCGGUUUAUUGAAGAGUACCUCACUUCUCACCGUCGUGGAUGCAAAGAACACUUCUCUCCAACGAGAAUUCGACCAGAUUCGCCAGGCAACAGAGAGCAUAGCUUGGUGUCGGCAGGUCUGGUGGAAUGAACAAACGGGGAAUUUGGUGUUGGAUGAUUGGAAAUAUGUUGAUGCCGCGUAUCGGUCACGCAUGGUGGACCUCCCAGGGAGUGGACAUUCCAUGGUGCCUUGUCUCGACAUGGCUAACCAUGAGGCCGGGGGCCAAGCGAAAGCGCUGUACGAUGCUAACUCGGAGGGCAAUGCCAUACUCCGGUUGCGGUGGGGGCAGAGUCUAUCUCCUGGUGAUGAGGUGACUAUAUCAUACGGCGAUGAGAAGUCCGCAGCCGAGAUGAUCUUUUCGUACGGAUUCUUGGAACAGGACAGAAGUGAAGCGAAGCAAAUGUUCCUAGACCUGGACAUCCCCGACGAUGACCCUCUCGGAGUGGCCAAGAGGAAUUUCUGCCUGGAGACCCCCGGAAUUCGUUUAUCGGCUUCUCGCGAACGAGAAGAAGCUUUUAGCUGGGAUAGCCCGCUUGCUUGGUUGGCAUGUGUCAACGAGGAGGAUGGUCUUCAUUUCGGCGUGGCCCAGACCACAGACGGUGGCAGAGAACUCGAGGCCAGUUGGAAAGGCGAGAAGAUUCAAUCGGUGAGCCAGCUGCGAGAUCGCCUUGCGACCGACCCAUUCUGGGACAUAUUCCAGCUUCGGGCAGUUGUUCUACUCCUCGGGAGACUGGAGGACCAGCUUGCAUCUCUCCAGGAGACAACAGAAAUUCUAUCGCAAUUUAGCGCGGAUAAUCCCAUGAUGGAAGCCAUGUUCCGGCCUACUGUCUUUAAGUUGCUGGCGCGGUUUCGACCCCUGGAGGUUUCCCUUCUGGAGGUAGCAGUCCAGGAGUUGACAGAACAAAGAAAUGCGCUGCUAGAUUCUGAAACUGUGACGGCCUAUCUCACACAGCAAGCUGAAGGAGCGGAGCAAGUUGAAGAGGUCGAAGACUUCUCAUGA